GUAAGGAACAAAACACUGCUUUUCUCUUAUAAAUGAUGUCUGCAGUGGUCAGAUAGCUUUAUACAGUCGCGUUGUAAUCCCUCUUUCGCAAAAUGCCAUAUGAGUACCUAGUUUCAUGGUGUAGUUUAGCCAUCCAUGGUUGCUAAUGUAAACAGAAAGAAAGGAAGGAACGUUUCUUCUUCGCAGAACCGGUUGGCUGUUUCUUUAACCUUCGACUUUUUUCAGGCUUAUUUUCACUAGUUUUGCAGACUUGCCAAAAACAUGGACACCACGAACAGCGGUGCGAGACAGUCAGAAGAACUAGACCAACACUGGGUAGAGAAGUUGUUUCCUCCUCACUUCACUUUUCAAGACCUGCUUGAGGGCAAAUCAAAGACAACUGAAGAGCCAAGAAUUGUGCUUCCUGACAGGACUGAGUCCAGGAGGCAGAUCUACAUUGAUGUUUUAAGAGAAGUACAAGAGAAAGAGGAGAAGAUAAGGAGGAGUAGCCUGGCCAAGAGAAUGAGCAGGGAUGAACAGCCUAUAGCAGCUGAUGUAGAGAAAAAAGAUUCAUGUGAAAUGCUGAAGCCAGACUGUCCUGGACAGAUUAAUAGUAGGGAGAAAUGCAUUUGGAAUGAGAAGGACAUCUCCACACUACGGGCAGCUUUGACUGAACUAGAGAGGGACAGAUGGAGGCUUCAGCAGAGGCUCAGGAGCUCAGAUGAGCAACUUAAGAGUGAACGUGAGGAGAGAAGGAGGCUGCAGGAGCUUCUGGAGGAACGUGAGGAGCAGCUGGACUGCACUAGAAAAGAGGCAGCACGCCAUGCCCUAGUGGUUAAAGCUCUGAAGAUGAAGGUUUAUCAAAAGGAUGUUCAGUUACAGAAGCUUGCCAAGCAGAGCCAGGAAAAGGCUGAGGAGGCGGAUGGGCUGAGGGCUGAGCUGAGAAGAACCAGAGACGGGUAUCGGCAGAUUAAACAGGAACACUCAGACUUGGCCUGGGAGCUGGAGAAAGUAAAAGCACAGCAGAAGAUGGAGGAGGCAAGGCGAGUGGAGGACACCAGGCUGGAGUACCAGGCCUCUACAGAGAGGCUGCAGAAGGAGGUGGAGGAGGCUCGUAAUGAAUUGAGAGCUGAAAAAGAGAGACAUGGCCGGAGUCUGACAGCCUUGGAGCUCCUGCGCCACCACUAUAAUCACCAGUGACUCAGUGAGGGACAAAAAGGUCCAGAGUUCUUCAUUUCGAGCCUCAUAAACGCAGAAUUUAGUGCUGGGGUCCUAUAGGCCCUAGAGGGCCUGAGCCAAGCAACGUUUGGUGAUUUCAGUGCUCCAACAUACCAACCAUACCUUGUAAUCAACUGUUGAGUCAUAUUAGAUGUGUCUAAGCAGGGAGAUCACCAAACCGUGCUGAGCAAUUCCCAAAGUCUGUCCUGGGGACCCCGCUCUGUGCACACCUGUGCACACUUAUUAAGCUCCUCAUGUGCUGGGUCAGGUUAGAGUAGGAAAAACAAAAAAAUGUGCAGAAUCUGGGGUCCCCAGGACUGACUUUGGGAGCCACUGACUUCAGCCAAAAGUGAUGAUCGUGCAACAGGAAUGUCCCCGACUGGCAGCUUGGCUCUCAGCAUAAUUAAUCUGUCUAACAGGGAAAAACGUCUUGGUGGAAUAUCCCAGGGGAAGUAUUGUGCAGGGUGAGAUUUCUCAAUAAGCUGCAUAACGUAAAGCACUGGUUCAGUCGAAACACAAAAUUACACAAUUUACCCCAAAUGUAAUCGAUCAGCAAAGACUUAUAGUGAUGAUAGUGUUAUAAACCACAUAAGCAUGUCUUUUUGGUCUUAUUUAAUAACUUAAUGUGAUUUGAAGCAAGCACUUUGGUGACUAUAAGCUUCUGUUACUUCUCAGCGAUUUUAGCCUCUUAAGCCCAGUGCAGAAGCAAACUUCAGACACCAAACAUGCCUA